AUGAAAACACCCGACCUAUACCUUUCUUAUCUAUUUUUAUUUUUUAUUAUAUCCUUCUUCUUUCCUUCCUUAAUUUUUUCUUUCUUUCUUUCUUUCUUUCUUUCUUUCUUUCUUUCUUUCUUUCUUUCUUUCUUUCUUUCUUUCUUAUUCUGUUCAUCAUCUGUACCUUUUCUUUUCUUUCGUUCUCAUUCUAUUCAAUGUCAUAACAAUUUCCUUUUUCAUUCUUUCUUUAAUGUUCUAAUUCUUAUCUAUUUCAUUCGUUUUUCUUUCUUUCUUUUCUUUCUUUUCUCAUUUUAUUCAAUAUCUAUAUCAUUCUUUUUUUUCUUUCCUUCUUUCUUUCUUUUUUCUUUCUUUCUUAUUCGAGUGACUGUCUAUACCAUUCAUUUUUCAUUCUUUUUUUCUUUCAUAUUCUAUUUAUUACCUAUAGCAUUCAUUCAUUCAUUCUUUCUUUCUUUCAUUCAUUCAUUCUUUCUUUUUCAAUCUAUUCAUAUCAUCUUCUUUCUUUCUUUCUCAUUCUUUUCAAUAUCUAUACCAUUCUUUCUUUCUUUUUUAAUUCUUUCUUUUUUCUUUCUUUCUCAUUUUAUUCAUUAUCUAUACUAUUAUUAUUAUUAA